GCAGAGAUUCAUUCACAUCCAAGAUUCCAAAGUUCAGAGAGAGAAGAGUUGCAGCUUGUACAGAACAAACAACUCAUGAAUGCCACUUCUUCCUUCCAUGAUAUUACUAUCUCCUGUGGCCUUCUGAAUUUCUGCAAAUUUGCAAUCGAAGCCAUCAACUGCUCAUCCUCCUCCCCUCGCAAAACCUCUCCGCCUCAAACCCUCGCCGAUCGAUCGGCGGCUGGGCUUCUCAGGACGAACUGGGUGAUUUGCCUCCUUCGUCUUCUUCUGUUGAUAAUUCCGCGGCAUUGCGAGUUGUUUCUGUGUUUUCCCCCCUGAUUUCGUUCGUGGUUUUGGUUUGAUUGCGCCGUGGGAUGCAGUAGGGUUUAGCGAGCGAGCGAGCAAGAGAUCCCCCCCAUCCAUCCCGCGAGCGAGGGGUGGGGGCGCCGUCGUUCGUCGUCCGACGAAUAUCGCGGAUUCAAGAUGGGCACUUAUGUUAGGAACUAUUCAGAUGAUGAAUUCUCUGUGGCUGGCGAGAAGCCAGAUGUAGAGUUCAUGGACUAUCAGAAUGAUGGCUCUAUUCAAGAUUAUUCACUCGAAGAUGCCCCUGUGGUUGUCACGGUUCCUUUCCCUUUCAUCGACGGCAAACCAAAAUCUGUCCUUGUUGGAGAAACAUCUGCCGACACCAUUAGCAUAGAAAAUACCUCUUCUGAACCCGUGAAUUUGUGGAGUGUGAGAAUAUUUUCUUCCAAUCCAGAAGACAGUUAUGUGCUUUCUAUGAUGAAACCACCACUGAAUGAUACUGAUGAGGAAGCAAAGAGGAAUUUUCUUGGUUUGACUUCUGUGGAAGAUCGUACACUCCAGCCUGGACAAACCCUUACAAUUUGGCUCUCCUGUACGCCAAAAGACAUUGGUUUGCAUACAUCAAUCGUCCAUGUUGAUAUCGGUGAUGAGAAAAUCGAGCGUGUGGCUUUUCUAUUGGCCGAUGAUAAUGUUUCCCAGGCUUUAUUUUCUGACAAACCCUAUUCCAGGAAACACACUCAGAAGAAGAAGUUUGAGUGCAGUUCAUUUGUGCCAGGUUGUCGACCAACUCGGCAGCAUAGUCAAGGAUUCAAGUUCAAGCUCCCUCAGUUUGCAAUACCUGCAGACAUCCGCGAACUCAUUCAAAGUAAACAGAGACCUGAUGUCCUAUCUGAAGAGCUGAACAUGACAAACUAUGCAAAAUUCUUUAGCACUCUUUUAGUCAUGGAAGAGAUAAAUUUGGAGGAGGAGAUGAGAUCAUAUGACAUGGAGCGUAUCUUAAUGAGGAGGAGGGGUCUCGAAUUUUUGUCACUUGAGGUCCCUGGCUUGGCUGAGAAAAGGCCUUCACUAGUCCAUGGAGAUUUUAUAUUUGUCAGACAUGCUGGAAGUGAUGCUCGGCCUUAUCAGGGUUUCAUUCACAAGGUUGAAGCGGAUGAGAUAUUUUUGAAAUUUGAUAAUCAGUUCCACCUUGCUCACCGUGACAGGAAUCAGUACGAUGUUAGUUUCACAUAUAAUAGACUGAACAUGAGAAGGCUUUACAAGGCUAUCCAUGAAGCAGAACUUUUGGGACCUGACAUUCUAUUUCCCUGUCGAUCAUCCUCCGGAAGUGUGAAGAAGGGGCCGUUUAAACCUCUAAAUCCACAUAUAAACACUGAGCAAGCUGAUGCAGUUGCAACAAUACUUGGCUGCCGAGGGGUUGCGCCAUACGUGAUAUACGGACCUCCAGGAACUGGGAAGACCAUGACCCUUGUGGAGUCUAUUUUGCAGCUUUAUACAGCCAAGAGGAGGGCAAAUGUCCUCAUAUGUGCUGCUUCUAAUAGUGCUGCUGACCAUGUAUUGGCAAAGCUUCUUCAGGCUAGCUAUCUGAUUCGACCAAGUGACAUAUUUAGGCUAAAUGCUGCCAGCCGUCAAUAUGAGGAUGUCGAUCCUGAUUUUAUUCGAUUUUGCUUCUUUCAAGAUAUGGUGUUCAAGUGUCCUCCAUUGCAAGCACUAUUGCGGUACAAGAUAGUUAUAUCAACCUACAUGAGUUCAUCGAUGCUGCAGUCUGAAGGCAUUCGUCGGGGGCAUUUCACACACAUUUUUUUGGAUGAGGCUGGUCAAGCCUCUGAACCAGAGGCUAUGGUUCCUUUGUCGGGUUUGUGUGGAAGAGACACUGUGGUUGUGUUAGCAGGUGAUCCCAUGCAAUUAGGGCCAGUGGUUUAUUGUAAACAAGCAGAGAAGGAUGGUUUGGGGAAAUCGUAUCUGCAAAGGCUGCUCUUUGAAUACGAGCAGUACAGCACAGGGGAUCCUAACUAUGUGACAAAGCUAGUGAGGAAUUAUCGAUGCCAUCCAGCAAUCCUGGAAUUACCAUCAGAACUUUUCUAUGGGGGAGAAUUAAUUGCCUGUAAAGAAGAUGAAGUGUCGUCUAUUUAUGACAGCAUUGAUCUUCCUAACAAGUCGUUCCCUGUUCUUUUUGUUGGCAUUCAGGGAUGUGAUGAGAGAGAAGGAAAUAAUCCUUCAUGGUUUAAUAGGAUUGAAGCUAGUAAAGUAGUAAAUAUCAUUAGGAAUCUGACAAGGGGUGGUGAUGUUCGUGAAGCUGACAUAGGAGUCAUUACUCCAUAUCGACAACAAGUUGUCAAGAUAAAGAAGGCACUUGAGACAUUUGAAAUGCCUGACUUGAAAGUGGGAAGUGUCGAACAAUUCCAGGGUCAGGAAAGGGAAAUAAUAAUCAUCUCCACAGUCAGGUCUACAGUAAAGCAUAAUGAGUUUGACAAAUUCUUCAACCUGGGAUUCUUAAGCAAUCACAGAAGGUUCAAUGUUGCAAUCACUCGUGCCAAAUCUUUGCUAAUUAUCAUAGGAAACCCUCACAUUAUCACUAAGGAUCGGCAUUGGGAUAGGCUCCUGAGGUAUUGUGCAGACAAUGGUUCUUACCAAGGAUGCCCACUUCCACCACCAGAAGAGACCCAAGUCUCUGGAUUUCGUGACAGCCAAGACGAACCUGCUAGGUGGGGUUACAACCAACAACAAGAGUCAUCUGCUAACUACAGCUACAAGCAAGACCCACACGACUCUGGUUCCGAACAUGUAAAUGGUUUGCCCUCCACUGAAAAUGAAGUGGAAUGGUCUGAGAAGACGCUGAAUGAGGAGCACCAGCCAUGUAGCAGUGCUGCUGAAGCAGACUCUCCUGAGUUCAUGCUGAAGCAGAAGGCUGAGGAAGAGGAACAUGUUGAGCAAGAUGGCGUACAGCCUGAGCAAUGUCCAGCCAAGGACAACAAACUCCAAGAUGCGUAUGCAGCGAAGUACUCCUUUCCUCCUGAAUGGUGUGAUGUUUCAAAUAUCCCUGCAACAGGAUGGGAUGAUUGAUCGGCCCGGUGAGUGGCCGCCUUUUUUUUUUUUUCCACAAGAAAGUAUUUACCUAGGUGCAUCUGGUCGAAUAAAUCGAUAUCAACCUUGUAAGGACUAACAUUCAGGCACUCUGUAGCCUUUCCUUGAAAGGCUUUCAGCUCACCCUCAGUCCCAUUCUUCUGUCUGCAGUCUGUAGCCUUCCCUUGGAUUUCUUGAUGCCAUUAUCUACCUGGUGUUUGAGUAUACGGGAACAAAUAUGUUCCUGUGAAAACUCCGAAACUGAUUAUCUUGCUAGCUAUGGCAAUAUAUAUAGCAUCCUCACUUGCUGUUAUCAUGAGUA